UUAUAAUAGCUUGUAAAUUCGUACGAAAAAUUUAUUUGACUAAAAUCUGAAAAUGGCUGAUUCUGAUGUAACUAAACUCAAACAGAGAAUAAGGGAUUUAGAAAAUGAGGUCGCAAAAUUGAAAGGGGCCGGGGAGGAGGCCCAAAAAAUGCGGAAUAAAAUUGAUAAGAUGAGUUCGGAAGUUGUUGAUACAAAUCCCUACAGUCGACUUAUGGCUUUGAAGAGAAUGGGUAUUGUUGAAAAUUAUGAGAUGAUUCGGACAUUUGCAGUUGCGGUUGUCGGUGUUGGUGGUGUUGGGAGCGUAACGGCAGAAAUGCUGACUCGUUGCGGAAUAGGAAAACUUCUUUUGUUUGAUUAUGAUAAAGUGGAAUUGGCAAACAUGAAUCGGCUAUUUUUUCAACCCCACCAAGCGGGGCUGAGUAAAGUGAAAGCCGCGGAAGAUACGUUACGAGAAAUAAACCCCGAUGUUGAAUUUGAAUCACACAAUUAUGACAUCACAACUAUGGAUAAUUUUCAACAUUUCAUGGGCCGUCUUCAAGAAGGUGGAAAGGUUAAAGGUCAUAAGGUCGAUGUUGUGCUAAGCUGUGUGGAUAAUUUCGAAGCUCGAAUGACUAUCAACACUGCUUGUAAUGAACUUUGUCAAAAGUGGAUUGAAUCGGGAGUUAGUGAGAAUGCUGUUUCCGGUCAUAUUCAAUUUAUCGACCCUGGUGUAACCGCGUGCUUUGCUUGCGCUCCACCGUUAAUCGUAGCGACACACACGGACGAGAAGACGUUAAAACGAGAAGGGGUGUGUGCUGCUAGUUUACCUACUACAAUGGCUGUCGUUGCAGGGCUAUUAGUACAAAACACUUUGAAAUUUUUAUUGAAAUUUGGUACGGUAUCGAACUACGUUGCAUACAACGCGUUGCUCGAUUUUUUCCCUUCGAUGACAAUGAAACCUAAUACAGAUUGCUCUGAUUCUUUUUGUCGCAAAAACCAAGAAAUUUGCAAGGAGCUUGCGAAAACAGCAAAACCUGUAAAGGAGAAAAAAGUAGAAAAAAAAGAAAUCUCGACCGAAAACGAAUGGGGAAUUGAAAUAGUACAAGAUGAAAACCCGCAAGAAGAUUCAAAUCCUGUUCCUAACUUAGUCGAAGGAUUAUCUGUAGCUUAUACAGUACCAGCCGCAAAAGACAUUAAUUCAGCAAAUGAAGAGACUGUGGACACUUCAGGUGCUUCGUUAGAAGAUCUAAUGGCACAAAUGAAAAAUAUGUGAUGGGGGGGUAUCGGACCUU